AUGAGACGCCAAUUCAUGCUCCUCUCGAGCUCUCGCGACAGACGGCUAGGCGAGGCGUGGUUCGAGGCAAUCAAAUCGGAAUACAAACACAAAAUAGUGCCCCCUGAAAACCCUAACAACAUUAGGUUGCAGAAGCUAGGGCAGGAGAUAGUUGAGGCCGCGCGCAAGGGGAUACUGAAGCAGGCAGCCACGGCGAGGCCAGCGAUGAUGCUACCUCGUUAUCAACACGAGAACAUGAUGAUGAGGAUGAUCAAGGCUUUCUCUGGGAAAAGGGAAUUUUCUCAUCAAUCUGCAAAUUUGGAAGGAUUCAAAUGGGAGUUUGUUCUUGUUGAUGAGCCUCAUAUUGUCAAUGCCUUCUGUGCACCUGCUGGGAAGAUUUUUGUUUUCACCGGCUUGCUUAAUAUGUUUCGAGAUGCUGCUGCAAUUGCAAGCGUCAUUGGGCACGAGGUAUAUAUAUAG